CGUAGGCCGACUUCCACACUGCUGGCAGCGUGUGUGGAACACUUUUCUUCAUUCAUACUGGCCGACCGACCCGCCAAUAACCCCACAAACUCGUCUUUUUUGUAUUUUCUUCCCCCCACAUUCACAGCGGACAGUGUCGGACUCUGACGGACUUCCGCUCGGUGUUUAAAUCUGUUUCUCAUCUGUAGUUUUUUCGUUUUUUCUGCUUCUACCUGCUUCCCCCCUCGCGGCGUGAGUUUCACGUGGAGACCGGAGCUCAUCAUCGUCACCGUCACCGUCAUCCAUCGGCCCAUUAAAAUCCAUCGUUAGCAUUAGCUACGUCAAAUGUCAACGAUGGCAACGUUGAUUCUGGAGGACGGUGCGACGUUCAGGGGGCACCUUUUUGGUGCAAAUGUGUCCGUGUCGGGUGAAGUUGUGUUUCAGACGGGAAUGGUCGGCUACCCAGAGGCUCUAACUGACCCAUCCUACCACUGCCAGCUGCUGACCCUCACUUAUCCUCUGGUCGGCAACUAUGGGGUACCAAGUGGGGAGGAGGGAGAGUUCGGGUUGAGCAAGUGGUUCGAAUCGUCGAAAAUCCACGCGGCGGCUCUGAUCAUCGGAGAGCUGUCGGACAGUCCCAGCCACUGGAGCUCAGUCAAGUCCCUGGACCAGUGGCUCAAAGAGCAUGGAGUUCCUGGAUUACAAGGAAUCGACACAAGACGUUUGACCAAGAAGAUCCGAGAGAAGGGAACCAUGCUGGGUAAGCUGGUGGUGGAUGGGACUGUGCAGGACGCCGUUCCCUUUGUCAACCCUGACCAGAGGAACCUGGUCCAGGAGGUUUCCAUGAAGGAACCCAGAGUGUUCAACCCCAGUGGAAGUCUGCGUAUCACCGUCCUGGACUGUGGCAUCAAAUACAACCAGAUCCGCUGCCUGGCUCAGAGAGGAGCCCGUGUCACCGUGCUGCCCUGGAAUCAUCCGCUGGACAGCACAGAUUUUGACGGUUUGUUCAUCAGUAACGGUCCUGGCGAUCCUCAGCUCUGUCAGGCCACCAUCGACAACGUGAGGAAGGUCGUGUGCGUGGAUCGGCCCAAGCCGGUCUUCGGCAUCUGCCUCGGACACCAGCUGCUCUCGUUGGUCAUCGGAGCCAAGACCUACAAGAUGAAGUACGGUAACCGUGGCCACAACCAGCCCUGCGUCCACCAGGGAACGGAUCGCUGCUUCAUCACCAGUCAGAACCACGGGUUUGCCGUCGACCCCAAGACUCUGCCCAAGGACUGGGACGUCCUCUUCACCAAUGCCAACGAUCACACCAACGAGGGCAUCGUGCACAAUGCGCACCCAAUGUUCAGUGUUCAGUUCCAUCCCGAGCACAUGGCCGGCCCCACAGAUCUGGUCGGCUUGUUUGACGUCUUCCUCGACACCGUGAAAGACUUUAAGGACGGCGGCGCCACAAAAACAGUCAAGCAGCGACUGCUGGAUCAUCUCACCUACCCGGGUUCUCCAAAGCCUGAGGAGGUUUCCAGACCUAGGAAGGUCCUCAUCCUGGGCUCAGGUGGACUCUCCAUCGGCCAGGCUGGAGAGUUUGACUAUUCCGGCUCUCAGGCUAUAAAAGCUCUGAAGGAGGAGAACAUCCAGACCGUGCUGAUCAACCCCAACAUCGCCACUGUCCAGACGUCCAAAGGUCUGGCAGACAAAGUCUACUUCCUCCCCAUCACUGCGGAGUACGUCACUCAGGUGAUAAAAAACGAACGUCCCGACGGCGUUCUGUUGACCUUCGGCGGUCAGACGGCUCUGAACUGCGGCGUGGAGCUGACCAAGCUUGGCGUGCUGGAGAAGUACAAAGUCAAGGUCCUGGGAACGCCAGUGGCCUCCAUCGAGAUGACGGAGGACAGGAAGAUCUUUGUGGAGAAGAUGGAGGAGAUCCACGAGCACGUCGCUCCCAGUGAAGCGGCGCUGUCUGUGGAGCAGGCUGUGGCUGCUGCAGAACGUCUCGGCUACCCCGUGCUGGUGCGCUCGGCGUUCGCUCUCGGCGGUCUGGGAUCCGGCUUUGCCAACAACAAAGAGGAGCUGACCUCGCUGGUGACGUCGGCCUUCGCGCACACGUCUCAGGUGCUGGUGGACAAGUCCCUGAAAGGCUGGAAGGAGAUCGAGUACGAGGUGGUGCGCGACGCCUACGAUAAUUGCAUCACUGUGUGUAACAUGGAGAAUAUUGACCCUCUGGGCAUCCAUACCGGGGAGUCCAUCGUGGUGGCGCCCAGUCAGACGCUCAACGACCACGAGUACAACAUGCUCCGGAACACAGCCAUCAAAGUUAUCCGGCACCUUGGCAUCGUGGGAGAGUGCAACAUCCAGUACGCGCUCAACCCCGAGUCAGAGCAGUACUACAUCAUCGAGGUGAAUGCCCGUCUGUCGCGAAGCUCCGCCCUCGCCAGCAAAGCCACAGGUUAUCCUCUCGCCUACGUGGCGGCCAAACUCGGCCUCGGGAUCCCGCUGCCACAACUGAAAAACUCUGUCACCAACUCGACAACAGCGAACUUUGAGCCCAGCCUGGACUACUGUGUGGUGAAGGUUCCUCGCUGGGAUCUCAGCAAGUUCCUCAGGGUUUCCACAACGAUCGGGAGCUCAAUGAAGAGCGUCGGUGAGGUGAUGGCCAUUGGCCGAAGCUUUGAGGAGGCCUUCCAGAAGGCUCUGAGGAUGGUGGACGAGAACUGCGUCGGCUUCGACCACACAAUCAAACCUGUCUCUGAACAGGAGCUGCAGUCACCCACGGACAAGCGCAUCUUCGUGUUGGCGGCGGCGUUCAAGGCCAGCUACACCGUGGACCAACUGUACGAGCUCACAAAGAUCGACCGCUGGUUCCUGCACAAGAUGAAGAACAUCGCCGACCACGAGCGACUGCUGGAAACUUACAACCAGGAUGAGAGCACCAUGCCUCCAGAUGUGAUGCGAAAGGCAAAGCAGCUCGGCUUCUCAGACAAACAAAUCGCACUGGCUGUGCAGAGCACUGAGCUGGCAGUGAGGAAGCUGCGCCACGAUUGGUCCAUCCUGCCCGUGGUGAAGCAGAUCGACACGGUGGCGGCGGAAUGGCCCGCCCACACCAACUACCUGUACCUGACCUACCACGGCACGGAGGACGACCUGGCCUUCGACGACCAGCAUGUCAUGGUCAUCGGCUCCGGGGUUUAUCGCAUCGGCAGCAGCGUGGAGUUUGACUGGUGCGCGGUCGGCUGCAUCACAGAGCUCAGGAAGAUGGGUUAUAAAACCAUCAUGGUGAACUACAACCCUGAGACGGUCAGCACAGACUACGACAUGUGUGACCGCCUCUACUUUGAUGAAAUCUCCUUUGAGGUGGUAAUGGAUAUCUAUGAGAGAGAAAACCCGGAGGGCGUGAUCCUGUCCAUGGGUGGCCAGCUGCCCAACAACAUCGCCAUGUCGCUGCACCGUCAGCUGUGUCGCAUCCUGGGAACGUCGCCCGAGUUCAUCGACUGUGCGGAGAACAGGUUCAAGUUUUCCCGAAUGCUGGACACAAUCGGCAUCAGUCAGCCGCAGUGGAAGGAGCUGUCGGACACCGAGUCUGCUGUGAAGUUCUGUGAGAAGGUGGGUUAUCCCUGCCUCGUCCGUCCGUCUUAUGUCCUCAGCGGAGCGGCCAUGAACGUGGCCUACGGUGACAGCGACCUGGAGAAGUUCCUGAGCAGUGCUGUGGCUGUUUCCAAGGAGUAUCCGGUCGUCAUCUCCAAGUUCAUACAGGAGGCCAAGGAGAUAGACGUGGACGCAGUCGCAUGUGACGGCGUGGUGAUAGCCAUCGCCGUGUCCGAACACGUGGAGAAUGCUGGCGUUCACUCCGGCGAUGCCACGCUGGUGACGCCGCCCCAGGAUCUGAAUCAGAAGACCAUGGAGAGGAUCAAGAUGAUCGUCCACGCCAUCGGCCAGGAGCUGCAGGUCACUGGACCCUUCAACCUGCAGCUGAUUGCCAAGGACGACCAGCUGAAGGUCAUCGAGUGCAACGUGCGAGUGUCCCGCUCCUUCCCGUUCGUCUCCAAAACCCUGGGUAUGGACCUUGUUGCCCUGGCGACAGAGGCCAUCAUGGGGGAGGACGUGGAACCUGUGGGCCUAAUGAGAGGGAAAGGGAUUGUGGGAGUGAAGGUUCCACAGUUUUCCUUCUCUCGCCUGGCCGGAGCUGACGUGGUGCUUGGGGUGGAGAUGACCAGCACUGGAGAGGUCGCCUGUUUCGGGGAGAAUAGAUACGAGGCAUAUCUGAAAGCCAUGCUCUCCACGGGCUUCAAGAUCCCCAAGAAGAACAUCCUGCUCUCCAUCGGCAGCUACAAGAACAAGAGCGAGCUGCUGCCUACUGUACAGGCUCUGGAGUCCCUGGGUUACGAUCUCUACGCCAGUCUGGGCACCGCGGAUUUCUACACGGAACACGGAGUCAAGGUGAUGGCGGUGGACUGGCCGUUUGAGGAGGAGGACAGCGAGUGUCCCACGAAGGAGAAACAGCGCAGCAUCAUGAACUACCUGGAGGAAAACCACUUUGACCUGGUCAUCAACCUCUCCAUGAGGAACAGCGGCGGGCGCCGACUCUCGUCCUUUGUCACCAAGGGCUACAGGACGAGACGCAUGGCCGUGGACUAUUCCGUCCCACUCAUCAUUGACAUCAAGUGCACAAAGCUCUUCGUUCAGGCUCUUCGUCAGGUCGGCAGAUCUCCACCGGUGAAGACCCACAUCGACAGCAUGGCUUCUCAGACGCUGGUUCGUCUCCCUGGCCUGAUCGAUGUCCACGUUCAUCUCCGGGAGCCUGGCGCCACUCACAAGGAGGACUUCUCCUCUGGAACAGCAGCCGCUCUGGCAGGAGGCGUGACGAUGGUGUGUGCGAUGCCAAACACUUCCCCGUCUGUGAUCGACGCCAGCUCUUUGGCUCUGGUGCAGAAGCUGGCCAAAGCGGGCUGCAGAUGCGAUUACUCUCUGUACGUGGGCGCCGCCUCUGACAACGCUGCCGUGCUGCCGUCCUUGGCGAGCCAAGCCUGUGGUCUGAAGAUGUACCUGAACGACACGUACUCCACCCUCAAGAUGGACAACGUCUCCCUGUGGAUGGAGCACUUUGAGAAGUGGCCGAAGCACAUGCCCAUCGUGGCUCACGCAGAGAAGCAGACGGUGGCUGCGAUCCUGAUGGUGGCUCAGCUCUACCAGCGUCCAGUCCACAUCUGCCACGUGGCCAAGAAGGAGGAGAUCCUGAUCAUCCGCGCCGCCAAGCAAAAGGGCAUCCAGGUCACGUGUGAGGUCGCACCCCACCACCUCUUCCUGUGCGAGGACAACGUGCCCGGCAUCGGCGACGGGCGAGCCGAGGUCCGGCCCAUGCUGGGGAGCUGCGAGGACAUGGACGCGCUGUGGGAGAACCUGGACAUCAUUGACUGCUUCGCCACGGACCACGCACCUCACUCUGUUGAGGAGAAGAACAGCGAGCGUCCUCCUCCAGGAUACCCGGGCCUGGAGACCAUGCUGCCGCUGCUGCUGACCGCCGUCAGUGAUGGACGCCUGACUCUGGACGACAUCAUCCGACGUCUCUACGACAACCCGCGCAAGAUCUUCAACCUGCCCGUGCAGGAGAACACCUACGUGGAGGUGGAUCUGGAGCAGGAGUGGGUGAUUCCUGAGGCCAUGCAGUUCACCAAGUCCAAGUGGACACCGUUCCAAGGCAUGAAGGUGAAGGGCAAAGUCCGGCGAGUGGUUCUGCGAGGAGAGGUGGCCUACAUCGACGGACAGGUGUUGGUUCCUCCAGGUUAUGGUGAAGAUGUGAAAACAUUGCCGACUGCCUCCGUCCUCCCCCCUGAGCCUGUGAAAGAAGCUCCGCAGACUCCGGAACACACUCGUCCCACUCCUCCCCGCGAGGUCCCGAUCAGAACCCGCGCUGCGAGCCCGCGCCGCUCCAUGGGAGAGAGCCGCUACCUGCUGGCGCCGCGCACCCACCGCUCCUCUGACCCUGGGCUCCCACUGGAGAUGAUGAUGAUGCCUCCUCUUCCACUUGGCGGCGGCGGGGACGGCUACGCUCACCCUCCCCCUCUGUCCAGGCUUCUGUCCCCUCAGUCAGGACCAGGUCAGCUGCUCACGGGACAGAUGUCCCACUUCCAGAUGUCUCCUCUCCUGCACCCGCUGAUCGGUCAGCACAUCCUAUCUGUGCGGCAGUUCAGCAAAGAGCAGAUCUCGCAUCUUUUCAACGUCGCGCACACUUUGCGUAUGAUGGUUCAGAAGGAGCGAAGUCUGGAAAUACUGAAGGGCCGAGUGAUGGCGUCCAUGUUCUACGAGGUCAGCACUCGCACCUGCAGCUCCUUCGCCGCCGCCAUGCAGCGCCUGGGCGGCUCCGUCGUCCACUUCAGCGAGUCCACGUCGUCCUCGCAGAAAGGCGAGUCCCUGGCCGACUCCGUCCAGACCAUGAGCUGCUACGCCGACGUGCUGGUGCUGCGGCACCCGACGCCCGGAGCGGUCGAGUGUGCGUCCCGUCACUGUCGCAAGCCGGUGAUCAACGCCGGCGACGGCGUCGGGGAGCAUCCCACCCAGGCUCUGCUGGACGUCUUCACCAUCAGGGAGGAGCUGGGGACGGUCAACGGCAUGACGAUAACGAUGGUCGGGGACCUGAAACACGGCCGCACUGUGCACUCCCUCGCCAAACUGCUGACGCAGUAUCGCAUCACGCUGCGCUACGUGGCUCCCAGAAACCUGCACAUGCCGGCGGAGAUCGUCAGCUACGUGGCCUCCAAGGGAAUCAAACAGGAGGAGUUUGAGAGCAUUGAAGAAGCUCUGCCUGAGACCGACGUCCUUUACAUGACCAGGAUUCAGAAGGAGAGGUUUGCGUCCGAGGAGGAAUACAAAGCCUGUUUCGGUCAGUUCAUCCUCACUCCUCACAUCAUGACUGUGGCCAAAAAGAAGAUGGUGGUGAUGCAUCCUCUGCCCAGAGUCAACGAAAUCAGCGCGGAGGUGGACACCGACCCGAGAGCGGCGUAUUUCCGCCAGGCGGAGAACGGCAUGUACAUCCGAAUGGCCCUGCUGGCCACCGUACUGGGCAGAUAAACCCGCCACACGCUACGCUGCGCCACCCGUUUCCACAGCAACAUUUUAGACAGUUACAUUCCUGUCCUUUUUCCUUAAAACUAUACAAUCAACAAAACUGCUGAGUCAUGAUACGACAUGAUGCGCCGCUUUCCCUCGCAUUCCACUGAUCAAUUUUAGUUUUUCUGUCUUGUAUGCACUGUGAAACUACGGGUUUGUGUUACAGAGUGUUUUUUCAGUACGAUACCAGGUAUUGGUGGCCAAUACUUGGAAUAGAUAUAUUUCUUUAAUACUCUGUAUCGGGGCUGUCAAUUUCUCCUUUAUGCAAGUAGAAUAUUUGUUACACUCGAGGAAUAAUGUAUGUAUUUGAAAUGGCCGGUUAUGGUUAAAGGUGGUUUGAAAGAUGUAAAAACAGCUUUAUUGGGCCAAUAUCAAUAUUGAUGGAUACUCCAGUUUGUGAGAAAGUGGUAUCGGUCUUUUCUGUAAAACUUCUGUUUCGCCAAGUGUUUUCGCAAUAAUCUUCUUUGUAUUAUUUUUGGUGGGCAUUAAGUCUAUGUUCCUUAGACAACGAAGUAUUAAAGAAGCUCGGGAAAUGUAGGCGACUUUAAACGGGACCAGUGAGGCCGUAACGACAGAUUUUCUUUUCCAACGCGUUACACUAUUCUGACCAAUGAUUAUGCCUUGUUAGUUUUUUCUACUGUACUCAAAACAUUUUGUCUUCUGUCAAUUGUUUCUUUUCUUACUGAAAACUUUACAGGUUGGGGGGGUAAUUCAAUCUGUCGCUGGUUUAACAGCUAUGGGAUGUAGUGAGUUGGAGAAAUAAAUAAUAAAAGGACAAUUUUGUA